AUGAAUGAGAUGCGACUUCGCGCCGGUGGACAGUGGGACGCGGGCGCGCUCGAGACGACGGUGACGACGGCAUCGGACGAUGCCGAGGAGCGAAGGCGGCGGGAGACGGCUCGGCGGGAGCGCAUGCGCGUCGCAGACGCGGCGCGGGCGGCGCGGCGCGCACGCGCGGAGGCUGCGGACGCGGAGGCGGACGGACCGAGGCGGACGCUUCGAGAGGACGAGGACGACGCGGCGAGACGCGCGGCUGCGGCGAAGCUCGAGGACGAUCUUCCGGGCGUGCGCGAGAUGAAUUCGAUGGUUUUGUUCGGUAAAGUGAUGAUGACCAGGGACGCGCAGAUUGAGGAAAAGCGCGUCGCGCGAUUGAAGGCUGACGAGGAGCGAAGACGCCUCGAUGAAUCGAUGGAGCGCGAGCGCGUGGACGCCAUGAAGCGCGCCGAGAUCCGCGAGAUCGAGCGCUCAAAGGAGAUGCGAAGAGGCGCUGAAACAAUUCGCGAGCAAAUCGCCGAGCGCGAACGCGACCGCGCGAAUGAGGUAGCCGAGCUCGAACGCGAGGCGCUCAAACGUAAGGAGGACGUCGAACGCGCCAUCGCGUCGGACGUCGCGGACAAACAGCGCAAACGCGAGGACGUGAUCAAGCUCUUCGAACAAAUCGACGCCGAAAAUCGUGAACAGAUCAAGCGCAAGGCCGAGGUCGAGCGCGCCGAGCGCGAGGCGGACGAGCGAGCGAUGGAGUAUCUCAGAUUGAAGGACGAGCGAGACGCCGCGAAAGCCGCGGAGGAGGAGGCGCAACGUCGCGAGAGAGAGCUCGAGACCGCGCGCUUACGCUCGUUACAAGAAAAGUACAUCGAUGGGCGCGCCGAGCGCGAUCUCAUGCGAGCACGCAAGCUCCAGGACGAUCACGAGCGCGCGAUGCGCGCGAAGGAGGCGACUGAACGCGACAAGCGACGCCAAAUGUUACUCGACCUCUCCGCGGCGCGCGUCGCCCAGCAUGAGGACAAGGUUCGCACGCGCGAACGCGAGAAAGAACUCGAACGCAUCGAUGCCGAGCGCGUUCGUCGCGAACACGCGGUGCAGGUCGAGGCUGAGCGUCAACGAGACGCCGAGCGCCGAGCCGCGAACGUCGCGCACAAGCUCCACGUCAUCGGUCAAAUCGAAGCGAACGACGAGGCGAAGCGACGCACAAAGCUCAGCGCCGCCGCGGACGCCGCCGAAGAGCGCGCGCGCGCGCGUCGCGAGCGUGACACGCUCGAGAUGAUCCGCGCGCGUAAGAUUAAGGAGCUCGAAAACGCUCGCGUCCCGGCCAAAUACGUCGUCGAGCUCAAGUCCAAGAAGACCACGUGCGCGUGA